GAAACCACAAAGGAAGAGAGAGAUGAAACAGAAGGAAAGGCAGAGGAGGAGGGAGAGAGAGAGAGAAGAGAAGCAAAAGAGAAAAGGAGAUCAAUAAGAAGAAGUCAAACUUAUUUGAAACCUCAAGGGCUCCCUGGGGCCAGGUCCUUGUCUGAUGGCUUUUAUGACAAAAUAUCUCCUCCCCAUCCUGGUGCUCUUCUUGGCCUACUACUACUAUUCUGCAAAUGAGGAAUUCAGACCAGAGAUGCUCCAAGGAAAGAAAGUGAUUGUCACAGGGGCCAGCAAAGGGAUCGGCAGAGAAAUGGCUUAUCAUCUGGCAAAGAUGGGAGCCCAUGUGGUGGUGACAGCAAGGUCAGAAGAAGCUCUACAGAAGGUGGUGUCCCACUGCCUAGAUCUUGGAGCAGCCUCAGCAAACUACAUUGCGGGCACCAUGGAAAACAUGACCUUUGCAGAGCAAUUUGUUACCAAAGCAGGAAAGCUCAUGGGUGGACUAGACAUGCUCAUUCUCAACCACAUCAUCAACUCUUCUUUGGUUUUUUUUCAUAAUGAUAUCAAUUUGGUGCGCAAAAACAUGGAGGUCAACUUCCUGAGCUAUGUGGUCCUGAGUGUGGCUGCCUUGCCCAUGCUGAAGCAGAGCAAUGGAAGCAUUGCUGUCAUCUCCUCAGUGGCUGGGAAAAUAGCUCAUCCUCUGAUUGCUCCUUAUUCUGCAAGCAAGUUUGCUCUGGAUGGGUUCUUCUCUUCCCUUAGGACAGAAUAUUUACUGUCCAAGGUCAAUGUGUCAAUCACUCUGUGUGUGCUCGGCCUCAUAAACACAGAAACAGCCAUGGAGGCAACUUCUGGGAUAUUAUCUGAACAUGCAGCUCCAAAGGAGGACUGUGCCCUGGAGAUCAUCAAAGGGGCAGCUCUGCGUAAAGAGGAAAUUUACUAUGGCACCUCAUACUGGAAUGCUCUCCUGCUGGGAAAUCCAGGGAGGAAGAUCAUGGAAUUUCUCUCAUUGAGGAAAUAUAAAUUUGACAGAUUACUAAACGACUAGUAACUCCCUUAGGACUGACCAUGGUAAGGGAUGUUGGAGUAUUCUGCCCAAUAUUUCUGCAAGCUCUAUUCAUGAAAAUACCUUCUGAAAGGGAUAAAGAGUGCUUCCAGAGACAUGCAAAUCACAGGGUACAUCUCACAAUUGGAAGGAGUUCCUCUAACACUUGCACAGUGGAAAUUUAAUUGUAAUAAAUGUCAUGAACCACUUUACA